AUGUCGGACGAAAUUCGGCAACUUAAGAGAGCGCUCGAGGAGCAGACGCACCGGGCCGAUAAGGAAAAGCGUCGGGCUGAUGAGGAGAAGCGUCGGGCUGAUGAGGAGAAGCGUCUACGCGAGCAGGCAGAACAGAACACGGCAGCCAUGAAAGCCGCACUACUGCGAGAACAGGAGGAGCGCACAAGGACCACUCUCGACCAACCACUCGAGGACUACUUGAAGCGCGUCCACCGACUAAAUUACCAUAUGCCGCGCCUCCUACCACCGCUCAAAAAGACAAUAACGACGCUAUCAGAAGGUCACCCGUCCAAGUCAACCACGCAAGGCCGAACCGAUAUUAAAAACAAGUACUACCCUCUGCACAUGCGCGAGUGGACCGACUUCCCAGACCUUUGUCAACAACAAUUUCACCGUAUCCGAAGCGAGCUUGGCACGCGGCCGCUUUUCCCGUCAGCUGCUGAGGUCAAUUUCUGUGAAAAGAGCCUGCUCGAGGAAAUACCCAGUAGCUUCGUGGAGUCCGAGGCGUUUCUAAGCGCGAGCAGGUCGUCCCUUUUUCUGCACGAGACGCUGGAGCGGCCUGUGCAGCGUAUUAUAAAUGCAUACCUCAACACAAGCGGGAACAAGCCGCCGUUGUAUUUCGACUGCCACUCGGCCGGCUGGCAGGCGCGCAAUGGCGGCGACACCAGUGUCAGCGCCAGAACAGCUGAGGACUGCACAGGCCAGAACAGCGGCCCAGCCGAGCCUAAGAUCAGUCAGCGUCCCAAGAAAAUUCAGCCCGACUGCUUGGUCCUCCGCCCGGAGAUGGUCUCGACAGGAGCCAGCCUGGUGGCUCCCUUCGAUCGUUAUAGCGACAACGACGGGAAGGCUGCCACACGCGAUGUUAUACGUGUAACAGUCGGCGAGCACAAGGCUUUUCACCGGCUCCGCGCAGCGAUAGUAUCUCGGUUCUUGAAAGACACCAUGGCCGACGAUUUCAUGGUGCGGCUGGCGCGGAAAGCCUCGUCGAAGCAGGUUGUGCCAGGCGUGACUAGCCAGAAUACGACCAACCCAGCCGAGUCAACGCCGUCGACCAACAUCCCGGGCCGGAUCUUCUUUGCCUACGCGCUAGCACAAACCUUUCACUACAUGGUGAUUUCUGGGCUCGAGUUUGGCUACAUGGCCGCUGGCGAGAGCCUCUCGUUUCUACGCAUUCCGCGCGAUGACCCGACCACGCUGCUAUACUAUACGCAAGUCUUUCCACAGUAUUGUUGCGCGGCAGGGCCAAGCUCAGAUGAACCUAGCACAGUUUCCGACGACGCGGCAUUUAAUGUUGAUGAGCUGGCCAUUGCCAAGCUCUGCGCUCUGGCUCUCCUCGCGUAUGAAUCACCUAAGGCCCCGCCGCGGCAAAUCAAUAUCCACCUUUCGCAACUGGCCGAGUUUCCUAACCUACCGAAGCCACCGAGUGAUGACUCGGCAGCGUUGUCUCCGACUAGCCCACCAAGUCGCGAUAGCAGCAGUGAACGCAGACGGCGACGGCGUGACGAAACAGGCGACGACGACGACGAUGAUGACGUUGAUGACAGCGACCGGCGUGGACGUAGUAUGACACAUCGGCCUCGGAACCCCUCGCCUCUUAAAAAGCAGUCGUCGACGCCCGGGCAGCAACCAUCGAACGCUGACGCCGACGCCAACGCAGCAGCCUCUCACGCACGAUUCGCCAAUGGCUCACAGCCUGGGCGUGGCCGCUGCCUUCCAUCGAGGCCUAGCCCCUUUGAUCCAGCAUCAUUUAAGCCAAUGCGGCCAUACUGCACACAUUUAUGUCUACGGAGUCUGGCUCAGGGAGAUGGUAUCGUUGACCAUGACUGCCCGAAUGUCCUCCUGCAUUUGGAAGCAGCCCGGCGGAUUGGAGGCCCGGCGGCAGACCGCGCCCGCCACCCCAUCGGGCCUUCGAAGCUCGUAGAGCUGGUGCAGCUGCAGCUGCUCAACAAUGUAGAGCAGGACUGCGAGUGCCUCCUUAGCCACGGUCUAAAUGGCGCCAUUGGCUGUCUCUUCCGGCUAACUGUGACGGGUUUUGGCUACACCCUGGCUGCCAAGGGGGUGCAGACGUUUCACGCGCAUCGGAUUCGGCAUGAGGCUGCAGUGUAUAAGAAGCUCGCGGUGCAGCAGGGCAUCCUGAUCCCUGUGUGCAUCGGCGUGGUGGAACUGCGGCUGCCGUAUCCCAUGACCAACUCAAAGCUCAUUACGCACAUGCUGCUGCUCUCGCACGCCGGCACCCCGCUCUACUCACCCACGUUGCGCCGGCGGCUUGAGGCGCGCCAGGUGGAUGUGGAUGCGGAGGCGAGCCGUACGCUUGAGGAGCUGCAGGCGUUGGGAGUUGAAGACGACGACGACACGAGCAAUGGGAAUCUUACAUGGUGUGCCAGCGCCGGUCGGGUCAUGAAGAUUGACUUUGACCACGGUGUGAUGAGUAUAGGCAAAAGAGACAGCAGCAAGAGCAACGGCAUAUAA